GUGGGCUGUAAAUGUGACAGUGUAAACAAAGAUGGCGUCGGGCCAGAGAGCCUUCGCCCAGAAGCUGCUAAAACACCAUGCGGCUGACAUGCGGCGGACGGUCAGCACGGGCACCACGGGGAAGGAGCCGCCGCGGUCCACCAGCGUGUCCACCCUUUCGGCCAUCAGCAGCCUGAAUGACACACUGCAGGAGAAUGUUGAGCCCAUUGACUACGAGGACUUCCUGGACCAGCACCAGUUGGAGGCAGACCGUGACCCCCACAGCAAAAUCCUCUACUUCCCCCCGGAUGACAUUGUGGUCAACCUCAUCCCCAGACAGAUCCGCACCCUCCACCCCAUCGUGCCAGAGGAAGGGGAGGGCUAUGAUGCACACGUGGCUGACUGUGUGCGCUGCUACACGAGGGACUGGCUCCACAUCAGCCGCCAGUACAUCCACCACUCCACCUCGGUGCCUACGCCUGCACACAACCAGCUCGUGGCUCAGCACCUCACUGCACUCCAGGCUUCAAACCCACCAGAGUUUGAGGUGGACCUUGAUGAUGACAGAGGACUUGGUGGGAGUGACAGGCAUGAGGCAGGGGGUGGGCGGCAUUCCUCACACCUCUCAGACACACCACGGGGCAGCUGGGCAAGCUCAGUGUUUGACCUGCGCAACUCAGUGGCUGACCCUCUGCUGCCAGCACUGCUCUCUCGUGUGCCCCUCGACACCGUGGAUACCAACAACCAGCAAGCACGCCAGGAGAACAGACAGGAGUCGCUCUUUGUGCUGUACCCGCCGCAGGACGAGGAGGACCUGAUAGAACGCAGGUCCUACCCUGAGGUGCCCAUGCCCCACCAGACCCACCGCAUACAGGUCAAGUGCAUCAACCUCCGCCUUGAGCUGGAAAUUGAGCCCAUCUUUGCCACAAUGGCCCUAUACGACCUCAGGGACAAGAAGAAAGUGUCAGAGAACUUCUGCUUUGACAUGAACCCUGAGCCCCUGAAGAGGAUGUUGACGUCUCAUAUUCCUUACCAGGACAUCUCCACGCUAAGCCGCACCUGCAUCUUUGACAUCACGUACCCAUCCAGCGACCUGUUCCUGGUGGUGCGCCUGGAGAAGGUGCUGCAGGGGGAUAUCAGCGACGUGGUGGGGCCCUACAUGAAGGACGAUGCCAACCGAGAGAAGCUCAAGUCAGCAGCCGUGGCGUGUUGUGAGAGGCUGGGGAAGUACCGCAUGCCCCUCGCCUGGACAGCCAUCAACCUCAUGAACAUCUUCAACGGCGUCCACAGCGACCGAGAGAAUGCUCCUGAGCGGGAACCCUCAGGCUCCAACAGUCUCGGUGUGUUCGUGGACCGCAAGCAGAGUUCAUCCAGUUAUGACGAGUUGAAGCGUAAGAGUGGCUCCGGCUCUCUCACGCGGCGCGGCUCACUGGAGCGACGCAGCUUCAGUGAGAAGAGACGCAGCUGGUCCCCAGAGGAGUUUGGGGCUUGUCUUGACUCCUUCCGUCCUGUGACUCUCACUGUGUCUUCUUUCUUUAAGCAGGAGGGAGACAAGCUACGAGACGAGGACCUGUACAAGUUCCUGGCUGACCUGAAGCGCCCAUCGAACCAGCUCAAGAAGAAGUGUUUGCCGGGUCUGCUCAAGCUGGAUAUCUCCCCCGUGCGGGACCAGCCCAAGUACUGCCUCACCUCAGAGCUGGUCAAACUGCACCCCUACCCAGCAGAUGACACUGAUGAGGAGGAGGACAAGGAGUAUGAAAAGUGCCGCCCCAUCAAGGAAACGGUGGAGUUCCCGCCCCGAGACAUCCUGGUGCCUCAUUACUCCUACAGGAACCUGCUCUACAUAUCCCCUAGAGACCUCAACUUCAACAACAGGCCAGGCUCUGCACGUAACAUAGCUGUCAAAAUCCAGUUCAUGGCCGGGGAGGAGGAACACGCUGCCCUCCCGGUCAUCUUCGGCAAGUCCUCGUGCCCGGAGUUCACCACAGAGGCCUACACUGCCGUCACCUACCACAACAAGUCGCCAGAUUUCUACGAUGAGUUCAAGGUGAAGCUCCCGGCGGUGCUCGGGGACCAGCACCACAUCCUCUUCACCUUCUACCACAUAUCCUGCCAGAAGAAGAAUGAGGAGAAAACCAUUGAGGCACCUGUUGGAUACACUUGGCUGCCAGUGUUCCGUGACGGCAGCCUGCAGACCGGGGAGCACAGCCUUCCGGUGAUGAUGGAGCGGCCGCCCAGCAACUACCCGUACAUCACCGCCGACAUCCAGCUGCCAGGCACCAAGUGGGUCGACAAUCACAAGGGGCUCUUCACAGUCAGCGUAGAAGCCAUCUCCUCCGUCCACGCCCAGGACAAGCACAUCGACCGCUUCUUCCACCUGUGCAAGAUGGUGGAGGAAGGGAACAUUCCAGCACGCAUCGGGGAGGCCAACAUGGAAGGGGAGCUGAAACGCGCGAUGGCUGACCUCCUGAACUGUCAUGCCGAGCCACUGGUGCGCUUCAUGCCGGUGCUGCUUGACCGCCUCGUCUCGCUGCUUGUGUGGCCGCCUACCCUGGCCGGCCAGCUAGUCAACAUUGCCCAGUCUUGCUUUGAGACCAUUGGCACCAUAGUCCACCGGGUGUCGGCUCUGUUGGAGGACAAGAAUGACCAGCACGGGCGUAACAGCACCCUCCUAUCCUACGUGUCCUACCAGUCCACUCUGCCCCACCCAGACGACAGCCCACCCACCCCUGUCGGCCCCCAGCACCCCCAGCACCCACCUCCGCCAAGCUCUGUCCCCACCCACCGCAAGUACUCCAGGAGCAGCAGCAAUCCAGAUCUAGGCCUUGACGUUGAUGCAGAGAUUGGCAGCAUCUUUGCCCGAGGCUUGGACAGGACCAACUCCAUGAGGACAGACAAUGAGGAGGAGCAAUUGAUCAUGAUAGGCAGCAACUAUGAGAACUUGAUCACCCUGCAGCGGUCAGGUGGGAGAAAGCUCACCCACGAGGAGGUGGCACUGCAGUGGGUGGUGUCCAAUGGCAAAGGCAGGGACAUGGCCCUGGCCAACUCAUGGUUCUUCUUUGAGCUGAUGAUCAAGUCUAUGAUUGAGCAUCUGGCACGCACCGGAAGCCAGGACUCGUUACGCAAGAUGAGGUUCUCCCACCAGUACUGUGACGACAUCCAGAACUUGACGUCCUCCAUCACCAACGACAUCAUUGCCCACAACAUAAAGGACGUCAAGGACACCAGAUUUGUACAGAACAUCAACAGCAGUCUGGCGUUCUUCCUGAUGGACCUGCUCUCAGUGAUGGAUCGUGGCUUUGUCUUCAUGCUCAUCCAGAACUACUGCAAACAGAUGAAUGGCAAGAUAGCUCUCCUACCUGACGCGGCGCCACUCAUCAACCUGAAGCUUGACUUUGUCCGCAUAGUGUGCAGUCAUGAACACUUUGUGGCCCUCAACCUUCCCUUCUGUACCCCGCUGUCGGCCAUCUCCGCCCCAUCAUCCCCUUGCCCCUCCAUCGGCUCCACCACCAGCCAGUCAUCCUUCAUCUCCACAGUGUUUGGUGGUGACAAAAGUGCCUUCAUGGUGCUCUCCAGCUCCUUCCGCAAGCAGCACUUCCUAGUGGGCCUUGUGCUGUCCGACCUUGCUACUGCCCUGGAGAUAAAUAACCCAACUAUCCAUGGUCGUGCCGUCAACACCAUCCGUAACCUGCUGGCCAGUCAUGACACGGAUGAGCGUUAUGUGGAGGCUGAAGUGAAGGCCCGGGUGGUGGCGCUGUACCUGCCCCUUAUCAGCAUUGUGGUGGAUGCCCUGCCUCAGCUGCACACCUUCCUCAGCUCAAAGUAUCGGAACCCACUCUCCUCUGUUGUGGAUGAGAGUGAGGGAGGCCCAACACACAUUCACCAGAAUGUUGCCUUGGCCAUCGCUGGGUCGUCCAUGUUCAACAAGGAGAGUGAUUAUGAUGUCAUUCAGGGACAACAGCAGACCCGCAAGUGUCCUCUCAGCUCUGAGACCACACGUAACCUCCUAAUCUGCUUACUGUGGAUUCUGCGCAAUGCUGAUGAGACCAGCCUGCGCCACACACUGUCUGAGCUGCCCCACAACCGCCUUCACCAGCUGCUUGAUGUCCUCUACAUUGCUGUGUCCUGCUUCGAGUACAAGGGGAAGAAGGUGUCUCAGCGUGGUGGCGGUGGCAGUGCACGCAGCAAGGAGGUGAUGAAGAGUCGACUGGAGGAGGCAAUCAUGGGCCAGAACUCAGCCCGCUCGGAGAUGAUGCUUCGGCGGCGAGGUAACACUCUUCCCAGCCCCCCCCAUGUUGUUGGACAUUCACAGUUCUACAUCCAGGGUACAGAGCGUAACCCUCCAUCCCCAUCUGGUGGAGAGAAACUGAGAUGGCGGAAGGAGUCGUUCCCGUGGCGCCACCAUCCUCAGGACACGGACCGUUCACCACAAAAUGAGCUGGAGCAGGAGUCCCAGGUGGAGGACCACUUGGCAGCCGAGGCUAACAUGGUCAUCCUUGACUCUCUAGAAAACAUUGUCCAGGUGUUGAUGACAGCUGACCACCUUCAAGGGUUACUGGCAGUGGUGUUCCGAGUGUUGCUUCAUGCCCUCGCCUCCAACCAGUCCACCACCACCCUCACCAACAUGUUCAACACCCAGCGUGCUCUUGUUGCCAAGUUCCCAAGUCUUCUAUUUGAUGAGGAGACAGAGCAGUGUGCUGACCUAUGCCUGCAGCUGCUCAAACACUGCUCCUCCUGCAUCUGCACUGUGAGGUCCCACGCUGCCGCCUCACUCUACCUCCUCAUGAGGCACAACUUUGAAAUAGGAAAUAACUUUGCGAGAGUCAAGAUGCAGGUGACCAUGUCCCUGAGCUCCCUCGUUGGCACCUCCCAGACCUUCAACGAGGCUCACCUCCGCCGCUCACUCAAGACCAUCCUCACAUAUGCAGAGGAAGACACUGACCUGCAGGACACCUCUUUCCCAGAGCAGGUCCGUGAUCUGGUGUUCAACCUACACAUGAUCCUGUCCGACACAGUGAAGAUGAAGGAGUACCAGGAGGACCCUGAGAUGCUGCUGGACCUCAUGUACAGGAUAGCACGAGGCUACCAGAACUCUCCAGACCUGCGACUCACCUGGCUCGCAAACAUGGCACAAAAGCACAGUGAGAGGGCACAGCAUGCUGAGGCUGCCAUGUGUCUAGUGCACAGUGCAGCCCUCGUCUCCGAGUACCUCUACAUGCUGGAAGACUGCCCGCACCUACCCAUUGGAGCUGUCACCUUCAGCAAGCUUUCCCCAAAUGUACUAGAGGAGAGUGCUGUAUCAGAUGACGUGCUAAGCCCUGACGAGGAGGGAAUAUGCACAGGGAAGUACUUCACAGAGAAUGGCCUGGUUGGACUCCUGGAGCAGGCCAGCUCUUCCCUACAACAGGCUGGUAUGUACGAGUGUCUCAAUGAGGUCUACAAGAUCCUCACACCCAUCGCCGAGAAGAACAGAGACUGGAAGAGGCUGAUCAACAUCUACUCCAAGCUGCAGGACGCCUUCACCAAGAUUGAUGCCCUGGAGGGACGCAGGAUUUUUGGCACCUACUUCAGGGUUGGCUUCUAUGGCUCCAAGUUUGGGGAUCUGGAUGGAGAGGAGUUCGUCUACAAAGAACCCAUGUUGACCAAGCUGCCAGAAAUCUCACAUAGAUUAGAGAGCUUUUACUCAGAUCGUUUUGGUGCUGAAAAUGUGUCAAUGAUCAAGGACAGCAACACAGUGGACAGCACCAAGCUCAAUGCAGACAAAGCCUGCAUCCAGAUCACCUACGUGGAGCCUUACUUUGAUGAGUACGAGUACAAGGACCGUGUCACCUCCUUUGAGAAGAACUACAACAUCAAGCGGUUCAUCUUCUCGACACCUUUCACACCUGAUGGCAGAGCUCAUGGUGAGCUGAACGAGCAGUACAAGCGCAAGACAGUCCUUACCACCAUGCACAUGUUCCCCUACGUCAAGACCCGCAUCCAGGUGGUGGACCGCAUGUCGUGGGUGUUGACUCCAAUAGAGGUGGCUAUUGAGGACAUUCAGAAGAGGACCAGGGAGCUGUCUUCAGCCAUCCACCAAGACCCACCUGACCACAAGAUACUGCAGAUGGUCCUUCAGGGCUGCAUUGGCACAACAGUCAACCAGGGCCCCAUGGAGGUGGCCCACAUCUUCCUCUCAGACCUGAUGGAAAGCAGAAAGGCUCCUUCUCGCCUGCAGAACAAGCUCAGACUGUGCUUCAAGGACUUUUCCAAAAAGUGCUAUGAUGCUCUCCGGAGGAACAAGACCCUGAUUGGCCCAGACAUGAGGGAGUACCACCGUGAGCUGGAGCGUAACUACAACAGGUUCACCGAAGGCCUGGCACCCAUGAUCACUGUAAACCAUCUUACUCGGCCCUCCAGCACUGUGUCCUCGUGCUCCACUCUACGUGUGCCAACAGGAGUGACGUCUUGGCGUCACUCUACUGGGAGCACAAGCUCAGGGGAGACCCUGGUGUCGGGCGGCUCAGCUGACUCUGACACAGGGCUGGCCUCAGGAACGGAGUGCUAAAGGGCUGCGGGUAUUAGUGCCACUGUAGUCAGAUUAUUCUCAAAUGACUGACAACCAGAAUCACAACAACAGCUCCAUGGAAGAUGAUAUGUGCUUGUCCACCACUUUUUCGUCCAGGAUCUUCGCUUGCAGUCCAUAUUUUCAGAGGAGUGUUAGAUUUUAGUCCACAAUGUCCUGUGAAUAUGAUCCUAGCCAUUAUGCUAUUCUCUCCUCCCACUCCAUAGAAAACUAAAUAUAGUUCAUAACUUACAACCCUUAGACAGUAUACAGAGAAUUCACAGUACAUGUAUCAAACUAUAUUAUUUAAUUUUUGCCAGACCAUUCAGCAUUUCCCACACAGAUUUUACUAAAUUCCAUAACAUGUGAUUGUUUGUUUCACUUUGUAUGAAAAAUGUGCUAAAAAAGAUUUGAAUGCUUUGGGGGAAAUGUAGUGGAAGUGAAUUUCCAUCCUGGAGUGGAUGGGAAAUUGCAGAACAAUACAUAAAAAUAUAAUUGAUGUGAGUGACACUGAAGUGAUUUGCAAUCAUGAAUGUCUCACAAACCUUGCAGAAUGGCUGAUUCCUUAAUGAAGGAUCCUAGUAGAUCGCAAGAAUUUCCUGUGCAAAAAUUUUACUCCUUCCCCAAUUGAAUACACAAAAAUAUCACUCAUGACUACAAUUGUAGCCGUUGUACUAUUGCCAUUUCCACCACUCCACCUGCUUUAUUUUGUCACAGUUAAAAGUAUUACUAUAUUUAAAAUGGCGUCAGUAAUUACCAAAAACUGUUCAUGACAGCCCCUCCAAAAAUCAAGGGAUUUGCCAUUCCAUUAAGUGCUAGUAAGUUUUUACCUUAGUGAUGAUUGCAAGUGUCAAUUUUUUUAAGGCUUACUUUUAGUGUGCAUGCAGCACUUCGAGUUUUUAAGUGCCAUAUAGUUAUAUGAACCUGUCUACUUAAAGUGCAUUGUCGUGUUUCUUAUUUUGACUUAUAAACUAUUGCUGCUGUAAUAGACAUAAUGAGUUGGCUUCAGUCAGUGCUUCAGACUAAAGGAAAGGCAGGUCUCCCUGGCUUGUAUUGCACCUUGCCCUUGUCAGUGAGGCAGGUUUCAACCAUAGCCAUGAAGUGGAAAAGUUUGGACAUGCAAAAUAGGUAUGUGAGUAGUCUGCAAGGGUCAAGGCAUCCUCCAAAAAGUGUCUACAACAUUGUGUUGCUGAAAAGAUUGCCCUGCAUGUGGUGCUCAUGUUCCUGUCUCCCUCUCCCGCUCACUUUUGUUUCUGAUCUCUCAAAAGUGCUUCUCUUAUAAUAGAAGCUUUUAUUCAGUAUUACUUGCUUUACACAGCACAGGAACAUACAUGUUCUAGCUUAGAGCGACACAAGUGAUUCUUUAGCUAGAUUUCCGGACCAAAAUAGGAUUUAGAUGUCAUAUUUUAAUAUAGAUGCAGUUUCUGCUGCAGAACACCAAAGGUGCAAUCAUUUAUAGCAUUUAUAGCCAAGUUUUAUAUGUGUGUGUGUGUGUGUGUGUGUGUGUGUGUGUGUGUGUCCUUUCAUAAAGAAAUCUAGUCCUUUACCAUUAUAUGGACACAUGUUCCUGCUGUGUUGGCUUCACCAUGGCAGCAGGUGCUAUGCAGUGAUGUCUUUUCCAAGUAGGUGCUGAAUAGUGUAUAGAUAUUAUUAUAGAUCUGCCAAGCAUUCCUAAGUAAGAGUAAACUUAAGUAACAGAGCUUUAUUUAGUGUUAAAAUACAUAUAUUAUUUCUUUCUAUCUUUAUAAUACUGAUGGCUUACAUUUCAAUAAACUUUUUGCCAGUU